UUCUCGAAAACAAGAAUGCUGGCGUCCCGCAAGACAGUUCACGUGAACGCUCGCUUUCAGGCUAAAAGUUUCGUGCCUGUUACAAGUCGUCCGGCUCCAGCGACGAAGGCUCUUCCCGGCGCCCGCAGGCUACAGGCCAGUUCCAGGCUCCCGGUUCGCAUUUAGGACCCGCUCCCGCGGCAGCCGUGGCCCGGCAGCGGGUGAAGAACCCACCCACCACCUCCGACCGCCUGCGCCGCCCCCCACCCCUGCCGCCUGGGGGAGGCGGGAGCAGGAGGGGCGGGAGCAGCCUGCGCCCCCGCCAGAGGAGGAAGAGGAAGAAGUGCAGGAAGAGAGGAGCAGGAGGAGGGGGAGCAACCCGCGCCCCGCCUGAGAAGGGCCCGGAGGAGGAGGGUCAGCAGUCCGCGCCCUCGGCUAAGGCCAGGAGGAGGAGGAGGACGUGGAGGAGGAAGAGGGUAGGCAGCCCGCGCCCCCACCUGAAGAACAGGAGGAGGAGGAGGAUGGAGAGAAAAAUCAGAAUGAGAAGAAUGUCUUAAAGAUACCAAAGCUGUGCUUUCUUAAACUGCCAAUGGGAAGGUUACUCUGAUGGUAAACAUAUUUGAUGAAGAAAACGUCCAAUCAUCUAUCUGACCAGCAGAAGAGUAUUUAUAUGCACAACAGGGCAGACUAUUUGAAAUCAGAGGGAGUGCCUUUCCAUCCACAUUGGCCAAGCUGGUAUCCAGAUUGGGGAUGCUUGCUGGGAACUCUAUUGCCUGGAACAUGGAAUCCAGCCAGAUGGCGUUGUUCUCAACAGUAGAAAGGAUCAACUGGAAAGUGAGAACAUGGAGCAUAUGGAUGCAUCUUUCAAUACCUUCUUUUGUGAGACGAGAGCUGGGAAGCACGUGCCCAGAGCACUCUUCAUGGAUCUGGAGCCCGCUGUUAUAGAUGGGAUUCGAGCUGGCCAGCACCGCUCACUCUUCCACCCAGAGCAGCUCGUCAGCGGGAAGGAAGAUGCUGCGAACAACUACGCCCGCGGUCGCUACUCUGUGGGGUCUGAGAUCAUCGACCUUGUGCUAGAGAGGAUCCGAAAGCUGGCAAAGCAGUGCAGUGGACUUCAGGGAUUUUUGAUUUUCCGAAGCUUUGGAGGAGGCACCGGAUCAGGAUUUACAUCUCUCUUAAUGGAGCAGCUCUCGAUAGAAUAUAGCAGGAGGACGAAAUUGGAGUUCUCUGUCUAUCCAGCCCCCAGGAUCUCCACUGCUGUAGUGGAGCCUUACAACUCCAUUCUUACCACACACUCCACCCUGGAGCACUCGGACUGCACCUUCAUGGUGGACAAUGAGGCCAUCUAUGACAUCUGCCACCAUAAACUCGGUGUCGAGCGCCCCUCUUACGCCAGCAUUAAUAGGCUAAUAGGUCAGGCGGUAUCUUGCAUUACUGCUUCCCUCCGGUUUGAAGGGCCCUUGAAUGUGGACCUCAUUGAAUUCCAGACCAACCUAGUACCUUAUCCAAGAAUACAUUUCCCCAUGACAACAUUUGCCCCCAUCAUCUCUGCUGACCAUGCCUACCGUGAGGAGCUCUCUGUGUCCGACAUCACAGCUGCUUGCUUUGACUUCUCCAAUCAGCUGGUCAAGUGCGACCCUCGGCUGGGGAAGUACAUGGCCUGCUGCCUACUCUACAGAGGAGACGUGGUCCCCAAAGAUGUGAAUGCAGCCAUUGCAGCCAUGAAGUCAAGGAACUCUGUGCAGUUUGUGGAUUGGUGUCCGACUGGUUUCAAGGUGGGCAUCAACAACCAGCCACCCACGGUGAUGCCGGGAGGGGACCUGGCCAGGGUCCAGCGGGCCGUGUGCAUGCUGAGCAACACCACGGCCGUCGUGGAGGCCUGGGCCCGCCUGGACCACAAGUUUGACCUCAUGUACGCCAAGAGGGCAUUUCUGCACUGGUACCUCAGGGAAGGCAUGGAGGAAGGCGAGUUCUCAGAGGCCAGGGAAGACUUGGCCGCUCUAGAGAAGGAUUACGAAGAAAUGGGGCAAAGUUUCUGAUGGAAAUGUGGCUGGGGAGAAUGAGUGUUGAGUUGAAGGGUCAUGCUUUCUUUUCAAGACUUAUGUACUCUUGAUGGGUAGAUUUCCCUUGACUGGAGGAAACUGGAAACCAAAUCAAGCAAGACCCUAAGCUGUGCACUAAAUCAAAUGGGUCAGUAUCAACAAUGAACUCACAGGUCCCUGUCUGGUGGUUCAGCACGGCUACCUGUGAACUCCCUUGGUUUGGGGUCCUUUGAGCGUCUGGAUCAUGUCCAUGUUUCUUUUCUUUUGUUUUGUUUUUGUUUUUUUCUUAGAAUGGAAACCUAGCUUUAUUCUUUGCUUCUUCAACAAAAGAUGAUGAAACCCUAAAGUCAGUGCUUUUUGCUUUCCCUUUCCUGAGGUGUAAGACAGCACAUGUUAAUUAUUAAUGUUAUUUCCCCCAUGUCUGUAUUUUGUACAUUGAUUAAAUAAUGAAUAUUUCAGUAUCAUUCUUUUCUUUCUUCCAAAGAUAGGCUUUAAGGUCUUGGUUUGCUUUUUAUACAAACAAAUAGCAAGAAUAUUCUUGGGUCUUUCAAAAAUUUGCAUCUGUGUUCCUGUGGGUCAGGAGGUGAAAGGGGUCUCUCUCAGCUCCCCGUCCUUGAGGAGAUGUUCUCGAAGUGUGGCCAGCAGAGCCCUGCAUCAGAACCAGUGGAGAGGUUUAGAAAAAAAAAAUGCAGAUUCUUGGGGCACCUGGCUGGCUCAGUGGGUGGAGUGUGUGACGCUUAAUCUUGGGGUUGUAAGUUCAAGCCCCACGUUGGGUGUAGAGAUUACUUAAAAAUUUAAAAAAAUAAAAAAAUUUAAAAUAUGCAGAUUCUCUGGAGAUUGGAGGGGGCAUGGCCUAAGAAUUUGAAGUUUAAAAAACACACUUGAAGGAAUUCAUUUUUGGUAUUAAACUAUCCCACUUUUAAACAAGUUAUAACUUAAAAUGGGCAAAAAUAGUUAUAAAUGCAUUAAAACCAUCAGCCACAUUUUUAUUAUCCAUGAUGUUUAGUCUGACUAAUCAUUGGAGUUAAGGUGGACUAGACACUACAAAGGUGCUCACUCGGACUUAGGUGUUGCUCUUGGGCUGAUGUUAGAUGGUUUCCAGGUACCUCAUUCAGCUGUGGUGUUUACCUUGCAGCCUUAGUCCUCCAUUUGUACCCUCUUGGCCUCAGCGUGGUCAGAGAUUUUGGUUUAGGUAGAUAUCUGAGGGUAACAGCCACUAAAACCUUGGCUGAAGGCAUAAGGUUGAGGGUCAUAUUGAGAGAUUUACCAAACCGCAGUGCAACCACCUUCUUACUGCAUGCACCCAGACUGGCCACUUCACCUUUAAUGGUUUCCUUGGUAGAUAGAUGCUUUUAUGUACUAAUAUCACUGCCCUGGGAUGUGGCCUCCAAGAGCUCCAUUCACAUGAUGUACCAUCUGUUUUCCACUCAUAUGUUGUCACCCAUGGAGGCCAAUGAGCACACUUUGGUAGAAAUGAUGUCUAGACACUUCAAGACAUGCCUGUCAAGAGGUGGUUUUCCAGGCCACCCAUCAGUGAGUUUUUGCUCGGUCCUCAAGUCUCAAUGCUUUUGGCUGGAUCCCCUUUGAACUCUACGUCCAAGGUCCUCUGCCAAGGGCUCAAUCUAUGUUGACACUAAAACAACUUCAUACCAGAGUUCCCUUUGGAACCUGAGGCCUGUUAAUCCUGAGAUGUGCCAAGACUUCCAGGGUAACAAUAAGGAAAGGGAUGAUUGUCAUUCCUAUAUCUCUGACCUGCUGUGAUCAAAUAUUUGGAGGAAAGUAAAAAAAUAAAUAAAUAAUAAAUAAAUUUUUUUUUUUCUGCAAAGAAAGGAGUGAUCGGUGCCCUCUGUCAUUUUCCCCGAAUACAACAUAGACCAACAGUGCAUUGUGUGGCCCUUUAAGCGCGAAAGAAAACCUUCAAUGCUUGAAGGAGCCUAUAUCCAAAUUUAUGGAGUUCUCUUUUUCAACUAACAUAUGUGUCUUAUGUUUGCCUUUUAAAAACCUCUGUCUUAUUCGGUAAUAAAUAAAGAUAUUUGAUGACCUAAAUAUAAUGGACAUUU